GCCGUUGCUAGGCGCGGAGGGGGCGCGCGGGCCGGCUCUCGCGAGAACAGCGUGAGGCGGCGGUGGUGGCCAUGGCGGACGGGGCCGGUAGCAACGGGGACGCUGCGGGGCCGCCGGUGGGCAAAGAGGCGGUGGAGCGGCUGAUCCGGGAGAACGGACACAUCUUCACCGAGGCGCAGUGCAAGGUGUGCAGCGCCCUGCUCAUCUCCGAGUCGCAGCGUCUGGCGCACUACCAGAGCAAGAAACACGCCAACAAGGUGAGGCGGUACCUGUCCAUCCACGGUGGGGAGGAGGGCGCCCACGGGAAGAAGAUGAAGCUGGAGGCGAAGCAGGACAGCAAGCAGGAAGGCAGCAACGGGGAGGACAGGAACAAGUGUUGUCCCAUCUGCAACAUGACCUUCUCCUCUCCAGCCGUGGCAACAUCUCACUACUUGGGCAAGACUCAUGCCAAGAACAUGAAGCAGCAGGCCCCCAAAGCGGAAGAAGCAGUGCCCCCACAGAAACACCCUGCUGCUCUCCCCACCUCUACUGCAUCUUCUAACGAAGAGAACAAGGACAUUACUGACCCAGACAAGUUCUGUAGCCUCUGCCAUGCCACUUUCAACAACCCCCUUAUGGCAAAACAGCACUAUGUAGGCAAGAAGCACAGAAAGCAAGAGACCAAACACAAGCUGAUGGCGCACUAUGGCCGAACCCCUGAUGCACCUGCAUCGUCCUUCAUGGCCGGGAAGGGCUACCCCUGCAGCACGUGUAACAUAGUGCUGAACUCCAUAGAGCAGUACCAAGCUCACAUCAGUGGCUUCAAACACAAGAAUCAGAUGCCAGGAGCAGUGCCAGUUGUCGGACCGUUCCCACCGCAGCAGUAUGUCCGGGAAGAGUCAACUGCCCCAGGAGGCUACAGUUACUUCAGCCAAGACUUCUAGAGCAAGUUGCAGCACUGUUCUUGGAGUUGUUGGUGGCCCCAGAACGCACAUCCUUUGCCAGCCCACAACGGUUUCAUUAUCCCUCUGGAUAAGCAAAACCCUACCCUCCUGUAUGCACUCGUUGAGCAGAACGAGGACUGAAUCUGUCAGGAAAAGGAUCCAGCUGGAAGAGACUUGCUAGACAGCAAAUACUUCACUCCCUUUAGAGUA